CAGCACGCGGAUCUGCGCUCUCGAGCUCUCGCGCUCAUAUCGCUCCAGUGUUUAAGCGAAUCUGCACGCGGUUUUCAUGAACCUACAGACAAAUGCGGGAUUAUAUGGGAUUUAUGAACGGAUCAUCAUAAGUAAACAGGCCACGCCAAGACUGGAUUGAUUGGACUGAUUUGACCUCCACGUCCUCUCUGCUGUACGAUGCUUUACUUUCAGCUGGUCAUCAUGGCAGGGACGGUCAUGCUGGCGUAUUACUUUGAGUACACGGACACGUUCAACGUACACGUUCAGGGCUUUUUUUGCCACGACAGUGCGUACACGAAGCCGUACCUCGGACCGGAAGAGUCGAGCGCGAUUCCGCCGGUACUCCUGUACGCGGUGGUGUCCGGUGUGCCCGCGCUGGUGAUCACAGGAACCGAGUCUGUGCUCUUCCUGCUGCAGUACAUCUCCGAAGAUCUGGACAACAGGGAGAAGAUCAUAGUGAUGGGCGACUGCUGUUACCUUAACCCCCUUGUGCGCAGGACAUUCCGCUUUCUUGGUGUGUAUGCGUUCGGCCUCUUCGCUACAGAUAUCUUCGUGAACGCAGGUCAGGUGGUGACGGGGAAUCUGUCCCCUUACUUCUUGACUGUGUGUAAACCCAACUACACGGCUCUGGGCUGCCAGCAGGGCGUCCGCUUCAUCAGCCAACAGGAAGCGUGCACUGGAAACGGCGAUGACAUCCUGCAUGCUCGCAAAUCGUUUCCUUCCAAAGAGGCCGCUCUCAGUGUCUACGCUGCACUUUACAUCGCUAUGUACAUCACAUGCUCAGUGAAGUCCAAAGGCACACGUCUGGCCAAGCCUGUUGUCUCCCUGGGCCUCAUGUGCCUGGCUUUCCUGACCGGAAUAAACCGUGUAGUGGAAUAUCGGAAUCACUGGAGCGACGUCAUCGCCGGCUUCAUCAUUGGAGCGUCCAUCGCUAUCUUCAUGGUGGUUUGUGUAGUGAAGAACUUCAAAGGGAAAUCUCUGCUGAGUGAAAUACCGCCUGAGGAGAAUGUAUCCAACACUCCUAUGCUUGGAGAGCCCAGGAUGGAGAAAUACAUCGUCUCACAGAGUCCCAUCACCUAUGCCGAGGUCACAUGACGGUGAUGUCUUCGGAAAUUUACAAAAUACGAAGAAAACGCUGCAGCUCUUGUUGAAACACAAGCGCAAUGUUAUUUUUGAGGGAUUUUUUAUUUUUAUUUUUUUUCUUGUACCAUAAAUAACUGCAGCAAUUAGUAUAAACCCAGAUUUUCCUUUGUGUUGUUCUUUUACCAAAUGUAGAACAUAUUCCUAUUUUUAUAAAGAUAUAAAAAUGAGCAGUUUGUAUCAGCGUCCUUGAAUACAGCAUCAGGAAGUAAUGUUGCAAAGCAACGGUAUGCAUAGUGCAUUCUUGCUGUCUUACUUAAAACCUUUGGCCAUUUGUCUAGGUGUUAACAGGUUGUGUGUUACAUUACAUCCGUUAACCCAUGCAUUCAUUUUACUGUCCAUAUAUAGAUGAGUUCAUUAGUGUUGUACAUAAACAAAUCAUUGUCUCAGCAAUACUUUCCAAUCUGUCCAUUGUGCGUUGUUGUUAUUUGUUGGUAUUGUUGUUAAUGUCUGUGAUGAUUGAUAUUAUUUUCUUCUUGUUGAUUGUCUUUAAAGAAAUGCUACAUAACGAAUAAAAGAUGACGGGGUGUGCUGUUAUAGGGAAAUAAUCAAAGCAAGCGGGUGUGAUGUGGCUCAUUGUGACGUUACUUAAUUUAACCACCCCAAUUAAAGUGGCUCUUAAAGAUA